CCCUCCCCUCCCCCCGUGUCGUGGCGUAUCCGGAACAUGGUUCCACCGUAAGGCUGGCGAAAAUGUAAGGCGUGCGGGUUUUUUUUUUCGAUCGGAUUUGUGUCCCCGGUGCCAGGAAUGGUACUGUGGGUUAUUUUUGGACCCGUUUUCGAACUGCGGAACGUGUGAAUUAGCUGUAAAAUUUAGCCUUUUUGGAUGCUUUCCACACAACCACCACCACCCCGUCGACAUUCUCCUUGCGUGAACUUCCGUUUGUCGUCGUGACGAGUCUGCAUUGUACCACCAAUCUGGUACGGGUUUGCGAGCAGUAUCCCGACAAUGGUUACUGUUUCGUGGCGUACCGGAUGGACAAACGCCAUCGGUGGUGAGCAAGGUGAGGUGGUGGUGAAAUUUGGUGGAGAGCCGCUUUUCGCUGCUAUGGCCACGCAGCCUUUCGUUCGUCAGCAUUGACGAAGAAAAAGGAUGCUGCCGCUCGCAGAUUAUGUCGUGAUUACGUAGCUAAAUGUGGGGAAUUUCCCCCGGUUUGAGUGUGACGCGGAAUCGUACGCGGGUCGCCUGGUGUGCUGAUGAGUGUGUUCUUCUUUCUCUUCUUCGGACGGUGCACCGUUCAUUAGAUGGAUGCGGUUAAUCACCUUCCUUUCCUUCGCAUAUGUAUCCGACAUACGCACACACACACACACGUACACAUUUCGAUACUCACACACGUACACGCGCGCAUCAACACCUACUUGGAUGUGAAGAUAUUUUAUUUUGCUUUUUUCCUUUCUUUCUUUUUCUGUGCCCGUGGUGUUAUUAUUGUUCCAUCGUGUCCUGCUCCGUGGAUCGUCCAUUUUGGUGUGCCUCUUCUGUCCCCGGCGAUAUCAUCGACGGCGCUUCGGGCGAUGCAAACAAACGGAACAAACGGAUUCAACGGGGACCACCGCCUACGCACGUGUAGUUUUGACGAUAGGUGUGUGUGUGUCGCACAUAUGUUUUCUCUUCCAGUAUAUCAAUCAGCCAGCAAACGAAGCAACAUUCACACUCGAUUCGGCAGUUGCGUUCCGAAUGGCUCCUUUCCGGCUCUCCAACGCCCCCCCCCCCUUCCCCUUUAAACUAAGCCGAGGUUUCUCUAGCUGUGUACACUGGGGGUGCUAAUACAGCUAAGAAAAAGCUAACCACGCUUAUAGAAAACAUCAAGAAGAAAAAAAACAAAAACACAGCCAAGGCAAAACAGCGAUGUGUAGUAGUUGAUGAUAGUAGCCGGUAGACUCGCGUGUGUAUAAGACCGAAAGAGCAUACAACGUAAGCAAGGGCCACGAACCUAAAUGAUACUUUACAGUACGCAUAAGCAUUACCAAAUAGUCCGAUGAAAACUAAGUGAAAUAAGCGAAAACAAAACACAAAACCGAAGACAAACAAUACAAAACACACGGGCACUACAAACGAUACGAUGCUAGCAAAAGCGGUAGAGAGGAGAGAGAGAGAAAAACGAAACACGAAGAAGAAAAAAAAAUAUAGCGACACAAAAGGUAAACAUGUAAGCUGAAAUUGAAAAGACUGGUUAAUAUCAAUUUUGAAUUUAAGAACCCAUAAUAAGUAAGCAAGAGUAGGGCAAACAAGAAUUAAGAAAAGAAAAAAAACAAAGCAAACAGAAACCUAAUAAUCAUUAAUUAACACAUUAAAUAAGACGGUAAACAAACAAACACAUACACACACAGAAACACAACCCACAAAAAAAGGGAGAAGAAAUCGAGAAGAGGAAAAGAAAGAGUAGGUAAAAGUUGUUGAAACUCCCCUCCCCCCAGUAUCCCCAGGUAAACACAGCAGUAAACAUGUUAUGUAAAGUUAGAUCAAAGCAAGCGAGCAAAAUCAUACUGACUCCUAGUGGUACAUUUAUUCUACAUCCUGUUAUUAAGAGAGAGAGGGAGAGAGAAAAGAGAAGAGAGAAAAAGAAAGGGAGAAACACAGAGAGAAAGGGGAAAACACGCACGCGAUAUUACUAUUACAGUGGACAGUGGUUAGGCGCUGGUUGAAGGUACUUACUGUCGUUAAGUAAUGUCGAUUAUAGUUCGCUCUAGAUCGCCCCAAUUAAUCGCCCCCAAGUGGCCCCGAUGGGCAAUUCCGUACAAUAAUGCUGCAAGGGAACAACGUGGUACUACAACGUAUGUUCGUCCUUUCCAAAGCUCGCGUUUGCCGUGCUACUAUACCGUGUCGUUCUGUUUUGUGUCACUUUUGUGGUUAAUGCUCAUUGAUACAUAUUGAUAAUCAUUGAUAAAAACGUACUUGUUUUGGUUGGGGCAGAUAAAGAAAACAAAUUGGGCGAGAAUGUAAUUUUAAGAUCACUCUGAUGUACCUUUUUCGAUGAAACGAUGCGACCGAAACACAUGAACACAUGUUGCGAUAAUGUGCGUUCCUUUUUCACUUAUCAAAAUCGUUACAGAAACAGCCACACACGGGACAGACAGACACACACACACAUUACACUGUUGGUGUUGGUACUUUCGGUUGUUUGUUAGAAAGAAUAUUGCACGAAGUAAUGUAACUAGGACAAGGACAGCGUUGAACCACUAACUCUUGGUUUGUGGAGGCGUUUAGGAUCGCGUCACCCGCGUACGCAAAGGCUGUGGAUUAGUUCUGACUAGGUCAGCCCCCGUUAGGUGGGCUUUUCCGUUAAGGCUCUCACCUAUCCUGGUUUUCCCUUCAUCCUUUUCCCCCCUUUCCCUUCUCUUCGCCCCUUACGAUAAGGACAAAAGUGGGCUCGUUUUGCCCAGUGCCACGCUGUACGAUCCGCUGUACCAAGCCCGGCUGGAUGGUUGUUGGCACUAAUGUUGGCAAACGAGAACGCAAAUAAAGAUCGUUAUAGAGUUAUAAGCAGAGAUAUAUUUUUCGAGUGCUACACAUAAACAAUAAUAAAACACUGUUUAAUCAGCCUAUAGUUGCUAGCUCGUCGCCAGGAUCCAGUUGAUGAUCCAGUAUUCUCUCUCCCUCGCCCUCUUGAAGGGGGAGUUAAAGAUCGAAAGGGAUCAGUUUUACUACGUUCCGUAGAACGCUCGCACCCGAUUACCAUAAUGUGGACACAGUGUGGGCUGAUUUUCCCUCAAUAACCUUUUUGUCCCUUGUUAUAUUAACUGUAGCUGUAAGGCGAAUCGUUUUAAAACCAAACAAAACAACUCUCUUAAGCCGCCCUAGUGUGUGGUAUCUGUUUUGCGAGUCUGCUGUAUCGUGUGUCUUGGGGCGUGUUGUGCAAUUGAGAUUAAAUCGGACAACAAAUACAAAAAAAAACACACACACACACAUACAACUGUAACUGUAACUUAGUAAGUUAUACAUUUAUACGAGUGGAUAUUGUUUACGAUACUGAAUAAGUGACCCCCCCGGAGCUAGGGGCUGCACACCUUGGCUGGCUAUACAGUGCAUUGGAUUAUCGAAAGGAGAAAAGCGAACCAAUUUCAGAAGAAAUGCUAAACAAACCCGGAAAGGAGCAUUUGGAGCAUGCUAUCGAUGUGUGAAGUUCGUUGCUUUUUUGUUGGUUUUAUGUUACUGCAAGCAGAGUAGCUGGAAAGAGAAAGGUAAAAAGGGGGAAAAACACAAAACUCAAAUGAAGAAAUGAACAGUUGUAAAAGAUGAUAAAGAUAGCGACAUUACAGAAAUAAAAGAUUAAAUUUGAUGAAAAAUCUGUAACACAACAAUACAAAAGCUCAGUAUUGCACUUUGUACACAGGAACAAAACAAACACACAUACACACACACAUGUAAGAACUCCUUCAAACUAUGUACCCAACCACACUAAUGUUACUUAAGCAUAGACAUAUGAGAAACUAGAACAUACACUCACUUAUACAUUUACAUAUAUAUAUAUACACACAUAUAUUCUAACAGAGAAGAAAACAAAACGAAUAACUCUAAUCACAGUUUAAAGGAUUUAGGGUGAAAUGGAAGAGAGAGAGAAAAAAACGAGAGCAAAUAAUUUUCGUUUUAUUGACAUUGCCUUAUUAACUUUAACAGAAAACAUAAAACAAGUAAAGAACAGUAAAGUGGCAUGUGAGUAGACGGCAGCAUUAGAGUACAUUUAGAACAGAGGAAGAAGCAUACGCAGGAGUGGAGAGGGAUGGCUUUUCGGUUUGAAGCAUCGUGUUCGAUCGGAUCGAGUGAGUGUUGCGAGUGCUUGCAUGUUUUCGCCUGUGAAGUAACGGGGCGAUCAUCACAUUUUCGAUACUCCAACUUCUGAUCUCACCGGUUGCAAAACUAAAUCAACCUACAAACAAUAAAUGAUGGUUCUACGGGAAAUGAUUACGUUCCCAUCCCAUUCAAAAACUGAACCUUGCGGGCAUCGAUAAUAAGCAUUUUUAAACCCUGAAUGAUUAAGUAAACGACUCAGUAAACAUGAUCGAGUAUCGUUAUUGUGGAAGUAAGAUCUGAAGUAAAAAUGCUGCAGGCAUUGAAUGACACUGUAAUGGAACAGAAAGAUUAAAUUCUAUACACCUUCUUCAACAUGUCGAGAGGUGUACAAACGAUUGUUCUCUCUUUCUUUUCUUUUUUGUUGUUGUGUGCAAAAUAAUAAUAAUAAUACUAAUAAUAAUAAUAAUAAUAAUAUUAAUAAUAAUACUAAUAAAUAAACAAUGUGUAAAACAACUGAUGAUGAUGAUAUUUGCUUAACGGUGCGUACAGGAGGGAAAUCUGCGUGUGUAUGUUUGUAUUGUGCCGAGAGGAGAGCAGUUUGUUGUAACGAAACUCAUCCAUGUAGUAGUAUUUAAUCGCUAACAAGUAAACGACACUAAUUAAGAUAAUAAUACAAUACAAUAUCAAUGUACUCGUAAAAUAGAACACAAACAACCUUUGAAAUAUGAUAUGAUCCUAGUGUGUAAACAGAUAAACAGAAAAACCGAAAAGAAGGGAAAGAGAGGAAAAGAAAUGUAUUAAAUCAUGACACUAUUUUAAAAGAAGAUACAAAAACACCCAAACCAAUUCAUUCGUUUUGCGUAGAGAUACGUUAUAUUGGGAGGUGAAAGACAGACAGAUAGACCAGACAGACAGAGAGGUGCAAGAUGAUCAUAUAUUCCUUGCGGUAGCACAGUAAAUCUCCGACUCAGCAGUAGUAGUAGCAGUUGGUGGAAUGGGAUUGAUCGCGAUCGUGCCACGAAACGAUGAUGCAGUAUAUCCCGGAAACGGCCUGAAAUGCAAGAAGGAGACAGCUAGUUGAGAUAGAGUUUUAGAUUUCAGACAUCCUUUCAUUCACCCGAUUCUUCACAGGCAUAACACAAUCGUUAGUCUUAAGUUUAGCGGUAGAACCGUGACCUUAAAGGUGUUCGGACCCACAAUAUCCCCCUCUCCUCCGGCUGUCCUUUUUUGUGUAAAUUACCUAGGGCAGGCCUGACAGGAUGUCCCUGUCCGAUGGGUGGAUCGUUUUCGUUCAUUUUGAUAAGGGAAAGCGUAUCUGUUUUCGUGGAUGCGGGAUGCGUUCUCGAUGCUCAUAAUAGCCGAACGCAACAUGCCGUUACUGUAGUAACUCAGGAGUACUAUGUUGGUAACAUUUAGUUUACAAAACAGCUCUUAUGCGAGGAUAAUUGUUAAGGAAAAGUAAAGUAGUUGAAGUUGGACAGAAAAGAAAAGAAACAGCAUCACAAAACAAUAAAACCAAAACAACUUCUAGUUUUACCGUACAGAGAAUACAUAUAAGCGAUGUUUAAGUUUCGUUUUGAUCGAGCGUUGAGUGUGCACCGCGAUCGCGAGAGCCCAUGUGGGAUAGAACAUUUUGGGUAAUGACAGAAAUGAUCUCCUAGCAACCUUGCCCCCAUAUAUACCUAUAUAUGUAUGUCACAAAAUGAGCGAUUGUCUCCUGUUGUCGGUGUUUUUCUUUGUGUUGGUUGAUUUUUUUGAACACUAGCAAAACAAAACAAAAAAAUGAUAAACUAACUGAGAAAUGCUAGCAAUGUGUUUAUUACGAGUAUAACAAAAACAGACAAAACAAAACUGAGACAGCAAAAACAAAAAAAAAGUAUUGCAAAACAAGCAUCACUAACAAAAAAAAAAACACAAAACUGGUUGUUUGUAUGGAAAUUAUUUAAUGAAGAAAAAUGGAACAAAUUCAAUCCAAAACCACCCCCCUGUUGCAGCAUUGGCUCUUAUUGAAGUUGUUUGAAGCUGUUUCAUCGUACAUUGAAGAUGACAUUAUUUGUGUGUGGUAGUAGUAGCAGUAGUCUCAACAAAGCAUUUCUUUCUUUCGUUUGGAUGAUUGGAGGUUAUUUGCUGUUUUAAAUGUCAUUUCAAGCUACUAAGAACGUGUGUGAUCUUCAACCAGUAGUGAUCGAUCUCGUGUGGUUCUCUAAAGAUGAUUCAAGGUUCAUCCUUUAUUCUCAACAUUCUGUUAAUGAUGAUUGAACCCACUGAAAAACUCGACACCAUGCAAGCAGCUUGCUCCACACAAAAUCGAGAGCAACAGUAUGGUGAAGUUAUAGAGAACGUUCUGCCUAAUGGUUACCGAUGGCCUAAUGCUACCGUACCGUACCUGUUUGAUGGAGUUUUUGGAAAAUGCUACUGAACUAUCAACAAUAAACGAUGCAAUAGACCUGCUCAGUACGGUGUCUUGUGUGCGGUUUACAAGAAGGACGUCCGAGCUCCACUAUCUUGUGAUAACAAACAAGUUCGGAAUGGAGUGUUGGGCUGAUACGGGACGUCAGCGACGUGGUCCAACGUACAUGAACCUCCCGAAGCGGUGCACUAAACGCGUUGGAACGGUACUACACGAGCUGCUGCACGUGUUGGGCUUUCUGCAUCAACACACGCGCCCCGAUCGGAACCAGUACCUGUGCGUUUUAUAUGAGCACGUUCGACCAGAUCCUAUCGCGCUGUACCACUACGAGAUCGUUCGUCCUUGGACGGACCAAGCGUUCCCAUUGCCGUAUGACUUUGCGAGCAUCAUGCACUACACGCCGGAGAUGUACAGUGUGGCACCGGGUCGAUUGCCUACCAUGGUACCGCGGCAUCCCUGGAGCAUGGUUGCGUUCGGUCAUCAAGCUCGUCUGACGGAGUAUGACGUGUUGGCAAUACAGUUUCUUUACUGCCUAUGAUGAUCAAUGG